AUUAUUGUUCGCUCGGCACCAAGUCCAUUCCCGUCGCUUCCGUCGUACGCAACCCCCCAUUUUGGCACACACAGUCCGACAUCCUCAUGAGGUCCGGUUUGGCUGUCGUCUCCAUUUCUGGGCUGGUGAUGCUCACCUCCACUGCGGUUGGGGGGUUAGCGACGAGUCGACCCAACUUGCCGCCGCUUUCGGGUACCACUUCCAUUGCACCGCACCUGCCUUUGGCACGUAGUGCCAUGGAGUACUUGGACGCCAGUCCCGAUCCUUUCCACGCCGUACAAACCUCCAUCGAACGAUUGGAAGCGGCGGGCUUUACCUCACUGUCCGAAACCUCCACCGUCGACACCGGAAAAAUCGUUCCGGGCGGCAAAUACUACUUUACCCGCAACAAAUCCACACUCGUCGCGUUUGCUGUCGGAGACCGGUACCAACCCGGCAACGGCUUUAAAAUUAUUGGCGGACACACGGACUCGCCCAAUCUGCGCGUCAAACCGCGCUCGCUACGGACCGCCGCCGGCUGCGUGCAGGUCGGGGUGGAAUGCUACGGGGGCGGACUCUGGCAUACCUGGUUCGAUCGGGAUUUGGGUGUGUCCGGGCGUGUGUUGGUCCGGAGCCGCGAUGAUGCGCGCAAGGUCACGCAGAGACUCGUUCGUAUGGAUCGAGCCCUCCUGCGGGUAUCCAACCUGGCGAUUCAUCUGCAGUCUGCCAAAGAGAGGGAAGCCUUUAAAGUGAACAAGGAAGACGAUCUUUCACCAAUUCUCGCGAUGGAAGCGGAAAAGUCCCUCAACGGCGGGGAAAACAAGACCAAGGAUGGGUGGACCGAGUACCAAGAACCCGCCCUGCUCGAAGUACUCGCACACGAACUCAACGUCCGAGUCGAAGAUAUCGCCGACUUUGAGCUCAGUCUGUUUGAUGUCCAAAAAGCAAGUUUGGGCGGAGUCUUUUCGGAGUUUAUCCACUCGUCGCGUUUGGACAAUCUCGCCAGUUGCUUCCUCGCGGUACAAGCUUUGGUGGAUCACGUGGAGGCCGGCAGCACUGCUAAGGACUCGGACAUUUCCAUGAUUGUCUUGUACGAUCACGAAGAGGUCGGUAGCAACUCCGCCGUGGGAGCCGCAUCGCCAAUAAUGGCGGAAGCCGUCCAACGCAUUGCGGCAGCCUUGGGCAACCAGGAAAGUACGGAAACUUACGCAGCCUGUAUUCGCAACAGCUUUUGUUGCAGUGUCGAUCAGGCCCACGCUUUGCAUCCGAACUAUGCAAGCAAGCACGAAAAGAAUCACCAGCCAAAGAUGAACCAGGGCAUGGUGAUUAAGCGCAACGCCAAUCAAAGGUACGCCACCAACGCCGUGACGGGCUUCUUGAUGCGCGAAAUUUCCCGCCGCGCCGGGCUGCCACCCAUUCAGGAGUUUAUUGUACGACAAGAUUGUGGCUGUGGUUCGACAAUCGGACCGCUGAUCAGUACAGCUACGGGUAUUCGGACAAUUGAUAUGGGCUGCCCCCAACUUUCCAUGCAU